AUGCCAAAAAUCAAUCAAUUACAAGCUCCCGACGUGUCAGAAUUUCGAUUGUCCUUUCCCCCGGCGAUCACAGCUCGUGAAAUAAUGUCGGAUAAAAGGAAAGGCAAAAAAGCUUCAAGACCUCCGAACGCGUUUAUGAUUUAUCGAAAGGUCUUUUCUAGAGAACUGGCCAAGAAUUAUCGUUUUCAACAAAUGAGAAUAUCUUCCCUUUGUGGUAAUUCUUGGAAACGUGAACCAGCGGAAGUAAAGGAGUAUUAUCACAGAUUAGCGCAUGAAGCAGAUAAAAUAUUCUUACAAGAUUUACAAAAUGAUUCGCAAUUACCUCCCCCGUCGUUACAAUUAUUCUCACCGUCACAACUCCCGUCAUCACUAUUAUUUCCGCCAUCGCAACCAUUUCCGUCGUCUGAACCAUUUUCGUCAUCACAAACAUUUCCGUUAUCGCAAACAUUUUCUUCAUUUCCGUUAUCACAAACUUUUACUUCAUCUCAAUCAUUUCCUGAAUCAUUACAAUCUUUACAAUCUGAGAGUGUGGAUGAUUAUUUGAAAUAUUUUGAUGACUUGGAAAGAAUGCAAGAACCUCAAAACUAUAAUAACGAAGAUUUUGUACCAAUUCAAUCGUUCAUUCCAAACACUUACGACUUUUUUGACAUGAACAUUCAACAAUCGUACUAUCCGAUUUAUGAACUAAUCGACGAAACCUUUCCCGAAGAAUAUUUUCUAUAUUUUCAAUAA